UUUGAAGAAAACAUUCUAGAUGCUUGCCUGUUCCUGAUGGACAAGGCAGAAUUGGAGCUCUCCGGGCGUGGAAACCCGAUCAAAAUCUGCCGUGUUGCCUCUGCAGUGAUCAACUCCAGGGAUGAUAACGGUGUGAUUGCUGGAUCCUGGGACAAUACGUACACUUACGGAGUCGCACCUUCAGCCUGGACGGGAAGCGUGGACAUUCUCUUGGAGUAUUACAGUUCUAAGCAACCUGUGCGAUACGGCCAGUGCUGGGUCUUUGCCGGUGUCUUCAACACAUUUCUGAGGUGCUUGGGGAUACCUGCAAGACUUGUUACCAACUAUUCUUCUGCCCAUGAUAACAACGCCAAUUUACGGAUGGACUUCUUUCUGGAUGAUGAAGGGAAAGUGGACACGAAAAUUACAAAAGACUCUGUCUGGAACUAUCAUUGCUGGAAUGAAGCUUGGAUGACCAGACCCGAUCUUCCUGUUGGUUUUGGAGGAUGGCAGGUUGUUGAUGGGACACCCCAAGAAACCAGUGAUGGUAUGUACAGGUGUGGCCCAGCCUCAGUUCAAGCCAUUAAACAUGGUCAUGUUUGCUUCCAAUUUGAUGCUCCUUUUGUCUAUGCUGAGGUGAAUAGUGAUAUUGUUUACUCAAGAAGGGAGAAAAAUGGAACCCAAGUGAUAGAAAAAAUUGACACAACACAUAUUGGGCAGCUGAUUGUGACCAAGCAAGUUGGUGGUGAUGGAAUGAUGGAGAUUACUGAGGAGUACAAGUUCCAAGAAGGCUCGAGGGAGGAGAGAUUGGCUCUUGAGACCGCAGUGAUGUAUGGCGUUAAAAAGCAAACUGCCCAAGAUACUAUGUAUCAGCCACAGACAGAUGUUGACAUGGACUUCCACGUGCAAAAAGCAGUCCUUGGGAGUGACUUUAAAGUCACUAUAACUUUCAGGAACAAAAGUCACAACUACUACACUGCUACUACAUACCUUUCAGGCAACAUAGUGUUUUAUACAGGAGUCACAAAAAACGAAUACUCUUUCAGUGCAAAACUGGAACCGUCUUCAUCCAGCACUUUCGAAGUCGUGGUCAAAUCAAGCGAGUACCUGAGUGACCUGCUGGACCAAGCCUCCUUUCAUUUCUUUGUGACAGCUCGGAUCAAUGAAACGGGGAAAAUACUGGCCAAGCAGAAGGCAACGGUCCUGGAAAUUCCCGCCCUGCAGAUCAAGACCCAAGGUGAGACAGUAGCUGGUAAAGAAAUGUCUGUGACUGUGGAAUUCACCAAUCCUCUGAAACAAACCCUGGAAAAUGUCACACUGCGCCUUGAGGGACCUGGCGUGCUGAGAACAAUGAAAAAGGAGUUCAG